UUGUGUAUUUUUUCAAGAGUAGUUUGAAACUUUGAAACAUUUGUUUUGAUAUUUUUGAAACUUUGAAACAUUGUAUAAAACAUUUGUUUCCUACCGCCGCGUCCAUACUUGUGGAGAGUACCGGGGCAAAGAGCAUUGCACACCGGCGGUAGGAGCGACACGGCGGCGAUGCAGGCGCGCGCGUUUCCCCCGUGCCUGCCGGGCCCCGGGCGCAACGGCCUCUUUCUCGGCAGCUUCGGCAAGAGAGCUCCUGCCGUCUGCGUCCGAGCCGUUGACGGGCCUUCGGCCGCCGCAGCCGUUGCCGACCUCCCGCCCGCGGAGGUCACCUGGCAGAUCGUCGUCGGUGCUGUAGGUCGGUGCUGUAGGUCGGUCCAUGCGUUUCCCCCGUGCCUGCCGGGCCCCGGGCGCAACGGCCUCUUUCUCGGCAGCUUCGGCAAGAGAGCUCCUGCCGUCUGCGUCCGAGCCGUUGACGGGCCUUCGGCCGCCGCAGCCGUUGCCGACCUCCCGCCCGCGGAGGUCACCUGGCAGAUCGUCGUCGGUGCUGUAGCUGGAGUGACGCCGUUCGUCGUUGCAGGGGUCGAGUUCGGCAAAAGAAUUAUUGAACAAAAGAAAUGUGAGAUCUGUGGAGGCUCUGGCCUCGUAAUGAAGGAAAAUCUAUAUGUUCGAUGCCAAGGGUGUGGUGGUUUUCUUCCAUGGCAGUCGUGGAGAAGAUUCUUCAAAGGGUGAAAAUCACCAAUCACAUGUCACCUCGAUAUUGCUAGAUAGAACUAGAGACUGUAUGGCCAUGUGGUCAGUACAUUGUGUUUAAUUGCGUUUCAGUAAAGUAAGUUAGACUGAUCGUUCCCAAAGAGAAGAAGCACUCCAGACUGUAGAGUUGGUGAUGCAUAUUCUCGACUAGAAAUGGCCAAACACCAAUCAAAAAGUGCAUCACGGUGCGUUGCUUCUAUUCGAGAUCAUGCUCUGGCCCUCAUGGUGCUUCUGUUGAGUCAAAUACGCUGCAAAGUACUCCUAUACUACUCCCUCUGCAUCAAAAUAAGUGACUCAACUUUGUACUAUUCUGCCGUGCGUGGA